AGCAUGCUGGGAGAGGAAAACUCCAGGAACCUGAGGGAAAGAGGAAGUUCUGCUGGAAACGUCCUGUAAAGAGGCUCUGAUGUCCGGACAGCGGGAGGGAGAGCCCCGGCAUGAGGAGCAGGUUCCUGUGAUAUAGGAUUGUCCGAUGACAUCAUAAAUACCAGAUAAUGGAUGGAGACAGGGACAAGAUGGCGGAGAGGAUAUUAAAUCUUACCCUAGAGAUACUCUUCCUGCUUACUGGAGAGGAUUACACAGUAGUGAAGAAGAACUCUAGUGGGUGCUGUCAGGCCCCUGUGUCUGAAUCUCCAGUAGGAACCCUGAGCCCAAUCAUGUGGCCUUCACUUCACCCCCUGAUAAUUGAGAAGAAGAAUAAGAAGAUCCUAGAAGUCGUCCACAAGAUGAUGGAGCUGCUGACUGGAGAGGUUCCUAUAAGGUGUCAAGAUGUCGCUGUCUAUUUCUCCAUGGAGGAGUGGGAGUAUUUAGAAGGACACAAGUGUCUGAACAAGGAGGUCAAGAUCGAGGGGGACCAGCCCCUAACAUCUCCAGAGAGAUCCAGUCAGAGAACAACACCAGAGAGAUGUCCCCGUCCUCUUCUUCCACAGGAUGGUCAGGUAACCGAGAUUUUCCCUAUCGCUGGUCACUGCUACGGCCAUUGGUUAGCUGCAGUGGUCACAUGCCCCCAUCAAUGGAAUGUUGAUUCCCAGAGUCCCGGUACCUGCGGAGGCGGUCAUGGAGUGAUGAAGCCAACAACCAGCGGUGGGGAUCAGGUAAGUAUGAACCCACCACAAGUCCGGUCACUCUGAAGGGAUCUGUUAAAAAAGGUUAAAGUUGGAUGAUGACCCCUUUUAAUGAUCUUUUGUGGUCAUGUAAAACAUUUUUCGCAACUUGUCCGACUGUCCUGUAACUUACAAUAUUUGC